AUGCUGGCCACGGCUCUCGCCUCCCUUCUGUUUGCGGCUCCGGCCGUCAACGCCCACCUCGCCAUGUGGCAUCCCUCCAUGUAUGGCUACAACGACGACUACACCCCCGUCACUCCCCUCUCCACCGACUUUGGAAACGGCGGCUUCAGCUCGUGGUGGUUCCACGGCGCGAUCAACAGCCCUCCCGCCGACGGCCAGUUCCUCGAGCUCCCGGCGGGUGGCACUCUGCAGGCCGAGAUGGGCUGCGACAAGAGCAUGACCUCGUUUGGCGGCCGCAGCUCGGCGCAGUAUGCGUGCGACUCGUCUGGCUCGCUCCACCUGUCCGGCGACAACUUUGCCAACCAGUGGGACGUCAAGGGCGCCGCCAUUGCCAUUGCGUACAAGUCGGACGUCAACUCGAUCCAGCCCGAAGACUUUACCGUCGUCUCCGUCAACCACGACUGCCCGUACAGCCGCGACUGUGGCUUCCAGAUCCCCGCAGGUCUGCCCGCCUGCCCCGACGGCGGCUGCCACUGCAUGUGGGGCUGGGUCCACUCGGCCGCCGGCGGCGGUGACGAAAUGUACUUUGUCGGCUUCAAGUGCCAGGUCACUGGCGCCGCCGCAGACGCAAAGCCCAUCCCGGCCCCGGCCCCGCCUGUCAGGUGCACCGGCGGCUCGGGAUGCACCACGGGCGCCAAGCAGCCCAUUUACUGGAUGGUCGACAGGGCAAACGUCAACAACGGCGCCGGCGACCCGCCCUUCUACAACGACGACUAUGGCUUCUCCAACGGUGCCCAGAACGACAUCUGGGGUGGUUCCGGCGCGGUCGGCUCGGGAUCGGGCUCCUCUGGGUCCUCGGGCUCUGGCUCUUCUGGCUCGUCUGGCUCUUCUGGCUCGUCUGGUUCUUCGGGCUCUUCGGGCUCUUCGGGCUCCUCUGGCUCUGGCUCUGGCUCUGGCUCUGGCUGGGGAUCCUCCGCCGGCGGUGGAUCGCCUACCAAGACCUCGUCGUGGAAGUCGUCCAAGACGUCCAAGUCUUCGUCCAAUGGCUCGUGGAACGAGUACAACUCUGGCAACUCGGACAACUCUGGCUCCUCGGACAGCUCCAGCUCCAGCUCCAGCUCCACCUCCACGUCCAGCUCGGACGACAGCAACUGGGCGGCUUCCACCGACGGCGGCGACAGCAACUGGGCUGCGUCGACCGACGGCGGCGACAGCUGGGCUGCGUCGACCGACGGCGGCGACAACUACACCGCCGAGCCCACUUCCUCCACCCGCACUCGCGGCCACAAGUGGUCCCACAGCAGGCCCACCAACAAGGUGACGACCAAGUUCCGCAACUAUGCUGCUGUCGUCACCGACCUCCCUGCUACCGACGCCGCCUCGGCCGCGACCGUGGCUGCCACCGACCUACCUGCGACCGACGCCGUCUCGGACGCGACCGUGGCACCCACCGUCGUGCCCGCGACUGCCGCUGCCUCUCCCAAGUGCACGCGCCGCAGCCGUAGGCGUGCUGCCUAG